CUUGUUAAUGGCUGUGAGGUCGGUAAUCGUUAGUGAAUUUCACCACUUCCCCGCUGUCAGGCCUGUAGGGUUACUGAGUCCCGGGGCUGAGCUGGGCGGUUUAACCGAGAUCAGGAGGCGGGUGCCGGUUCAAUACUUUAUGGAUCCGCCUGGAUAUUUUAAAAGAGUUAAUUUUUUGUUUGUGUUUGUUUUUUGUUUAAACAGGGUGUCGCUGGGAAAUCUAAUUGACGUGGUCACCUGUUAUAGAUUGAUUAUCAGUGGUUAUUCUAGGAGGAAAUGUAAAUAAUUCUCCUUGAUGCCGCAGACUGAUGAUUUAGAGAAGUGCUAAAACAAAUUAACCCUAACCCUAAUCCUUCUCCCGGUUUGCGUGUUAAACACGGAGUGGGAUUAUCCUCCAAGAACGCGAUUGAACACCCACUGGUUUAGUGUUGUUGUUUUUGUUUUUUAGUUUGUGUGUGUCUGUGUGUGUUUUGUUUUUGAAGACUUGUGUGUAGGACCCCCGUAAAAUAAAACGUACAUUUGCAGAAGCACUGUAUUUGAACGACAGAAAACAUGGAGCAACAGAUCCAGCGCCGGACAAAGAGAAAAUCUGACAAUAAUAAACACAGCAAGGACGCAAUGAGUGACAUGCGGCACUCUCUGCUCCGCAGGGAUGCGCUGAGUGCUGCGAAGGAGGUGCUGUACCACCUCGACAUCUACUUCAGCAGCCAGCUGCAGAAUGCCUCCGUCCCCAAUGUGGAGAAAGGAACCAUUGAACUGGUGGAAGAAUUCAUAUUUCUUGUUGCUAAAGAACGAAACGCUCAGCCGAAGAGGCUGAACUCCUUACAAGAGCUGCAGCUGCUGGAGAUCAUGUGCAGCUACUUCCAAGAGCAGAGCAAGGACGCGGUGCGGCAGGUCAUCUUCUCCACCCUCUUCAGUCCUCAGGGAAAUAAGGCAGACGACAGCCGACUGGCGAUGCUGGGCAAACUAGUCUCCAUGGCCGUGGCUGUCUGCAGGGUCCCAAUCUUAGAAUGCGCUGCCUCCUGGCUGCAGAGAACUCAUGCCGUCUACUGUGUCAGGCUGGCCAGGGUCCUGGUUGAUGAUUACUGCAGCUUGGUGCCGAUGUCGAUUCAGACUCUGAAGCAGAUCUUUAGUGCCAGCCCUAGAUUCUGCUGUCAAUUUAUCACUGCUGUCACUGCGCUGUACGACCUCUCCACAGAUGACCUGAUCCCUCCUCACGACCUGCUCGAGAUGGUCGUGGACUGGAUCUUCGAGGACCCCAGGUUAACCCUCGUCACUUUCCUCAACACGCCCAUCGUGGCGAACCUCCCGCUGGGCUGUCUGGAGCUCACUCCCCUGGCUGGCCUGGUGCGUUGGUGCGUGGAGUCUCCUCUGUCCUACAAGAGGAACAGGAAGCCCUCGCUGUCCAACGGCCAUGGCGCCAGCAGCAAGCUCUCCUCUGAGGGCUUGGAGGAAGGCAAGGACGAGGGGGACUCCCAGCAUCUCCUCUACUCCAAGCUGCACCUCAGCGUACUGCAGGUCCUCAUGAUGGUCCAGGUGCACUUGGCUGAGAAGGACCUGUACGGGCGCUUCGGGCUGCUCAUGUUCGAGCACGUGGUGCAGCUGGUGGAGGAGCUCAGUAGACUGGUGGAGGAGCUCAAUCCUCUCAACGCUGCCAGGGAGACGGAGCUGUCCUUGGACAGGCUGGCUCAGGCGCUGCAAGUGGCCAUGGCCUCCGGGGCUCUGUUAUGCACCAGAGAGGACCUCAGACCACUGUGUUCUAGGCUGCCCCACAACAACCUGCUUCUGCUGGUCCUGUCAGGGCCUGUCCAGCAGCCAGCCCCACACGCUGCCCUCCCGCCCGGGUUCUACCCACACAUCCACACCCCUCCGCUGGGCUACCCAGCCCUCUCAGUGCACCCCACACACCCAGCCCUCCCGCUGCACCCCGCCCACCCCACACACCCAGUGCAGACAUUUCUACCAGGAAUGGCCUUUCCAUACAGACCCAUCCGCUAGCAGCAGCAGCAUGUGUCCCCUGGAACGAACUGCACAUAUUGCUAGAAACAUCCCAUCUGGACGGCUUGUCAGCAGAAACGUUGCUGUGACUUGUACAAUAACAAAUAAAUGAAACUUGCCUGUUCCGUUUUGUAUUUGACUUGUUGGCAGGUUGUUAUAAAGUUUUAUAUGCUAAAGAAA